ACCCAAGUGAGCUGAAGCAGAAUCUGACAGACAUGGGACUGCCUCGUGUGCCCUAAAACAUGGAUUGUUUUAUCCAUCUGUAUCAGCUGAUCUAAUAAAAGAUAUUGUCUCUCAUUACAAACAUUAGGUUACAUUUCUGGACAAUCAUGCCCAUGGCAAUUUUGCCACUGUAAUGAAACAAAGACACAGAAGUGAUGAGUGGCCUGAAGACAAAUUUGAAAGCAGCAGUGCACUUAGAAUUACCUAGAAUGAAAUAAAGGAGACCCUGCAGGGCUGUGGUCUGGUUCUGGAGAGGUUAUUUAGGUUGGCUCUGAUGUAAUACUCUGCAUUUAAUAAAUUAACACAGACAGAGAAUCAUCAUAGAAUCACAGAAUGGUUUGGAUUGGGAAGGAACCUCAAAGAUUAUCUGGUUCCAUCCCCCACUCCAUCAUGAGUAGAGACACCUUCCACUAGAACAGGUUGCUCAAAGCCCCAUCCAACCAGGCCUUGAACAUUUCCAGGGAUGGGGCAUCCACACCUUUCUCAACCUGUGCCAGUGUUCUCAUCACUUUACAGUAAAGAAUUUCUUCCUUCUAUCUAAUCUAAAUCUCUCCUCUUUUAUCUUCAAGCUGUUCCCCCUUGUCCUGUAACUAUGUGUUCAGGCAAAAAUUCACUCUCCUUUUUUCAUAAGCCCCUUUUUAAAUACUUUCAAGUUCACUUCAAUGCAUCAUUGUGAGUGUUUUGAUUUUGUAAUAGUCUUACAACCCCUAAACCUGUGGUGCUGUCCAAGUUCUAUAGUUGGUGGAUAAACGAUAUUAGAAAACAAAUAUUUAUGGUAAAUUGAAAAUAAGAGUUUAUGCUCAAGCCGAGAUUCAGGUUUGGUUUUAUUUACUUUGAACAAAUUACUCAGUGCCCAGAGAUUGUAUGGGUGAGGAAGAAAAUGCCACCACCCCAGACAGAUUGUAGACACCCUGUAGAUCUGUCACCAGCGUGAGUGACAAAUGGGAUCAAUGAAAUUGUUUGGGAUUAACUGUGCUUUAAAGCAGCAGGGCAUGGAGGCCAAAAAGCUGUGAAAAUGCUUACUGUUCUUGAUACAACCAGUUGUCAAGGCAGAGGUGGGCACACAGACACGUCUCAGGGGCUCACUGGAGGUGCCCUGGGCACUGGGCCUCCCUGGGAAGGGAUUAUCCAGCCUUAGUCACUGCUCGGAUAGCAGCGCAUGAGGUGUGUGCUGGCACACGAGGUGUGUGCUGGCAGCCAGCCCCAGGCCACCCUGCACCUUGCUGGCCGCCAGAAAACUAAUGAGCAAACACUUCCGCUUCCAGGCUGUCCCCUCCCCUCUCCUACACCUGCCACUAGAUCCAGGUUUGUCUCUGCCUGGGACAAACUGCAGCCUCCGCGGCAGCAGCUGGGCUGGCAGCAAGGGAAAGCUGACCCAGCACAGAAAGACCAAGUGAAGGAGGAUUGGAGCACAGCUGGGAGACAUCCUGCACUGAGAGCAGCUUUUCCCAAGCAGCUGAGUCCUCAGCUCCCGGGGAAGAUGAGCAUUUCGUCAGAGCACAAGCCCCUCGGGAAGCAGGUCACCGGCAGCCUGCAUAUGGUGAGUAAGUUGUCACCAAUUGUGGAGUUAAAUGUUGGCGGGGAGAUGUACACGACAACGCUGAGCACCUUGAAGAAACACCCUGGCUCCAAGCUGGCAGAGAUGUUCACCGGCCAGCCCAAGCUCAGGACUGACUCUGAAGGCAGGUUUUUCAUUGACAGGCCAGGCACCUACUUCAAAUACAUCCUGGAGUACCUGCGCAGUAACCAAGUGCCCACCCAGUGCAUCCAGGACGUCUACAAGGAAGCGCUGUUCUAUGACAUAGAGCCUUUGAUCAAGCAGCUGGAGGACUCCCCACAGAUCUUUGGGGAGCUGGUGGCGAGGAGGCAGUUCCUGGCUCGUGUGCCCAACUACAGCGAGAACAUCGAGCUGAUGAUCCGCAUCGCCAGGGCGGAAGCGGUCGCGUCCCGACAGUCCGGCGUCAUCGUAUGCGUGGUCAGGACUGAGGAGGACGCAGCCAGGUGUCAGGAUGCCUUGAACAGUUUGGACAUGGAUAAAAAAUCCGUGGUGAAGUUUGGCCCCUGGAAGGCUGUGCCAAGUAUUUCUGAUCUGCUGGACUGCAUUCAGAUGGACAUUGAAGCCAAAGGGUAUAAAAUAUCCUUUCAGCCCCAUGUUGCUGAGAAAGGUUUUCGCUUCAAAUCACACGACUUCUUCUACAAGUUCCUGUUCACCUGGUGGUAGCAAAGUGCCACCAUUGAUAGGGAACAUUAGAAAGCAAUUACUGGAAUAAAUUACCCUGGACUGUGGAGACUAAACCAUAGGAUACCGGAGGAACAGGGAGAAAUGCACACGCCAACGAAAGGAUCUUCUUUGGCUGUUUGCCAUAUCAAAGAGCACUUAAGAGCCACUUUACUUGGGCUUUAGGGGAUAACUUUUUUGGGAAUUUAAAAGGCUCCAGAAAAGGGAGGAAUUUUACUCUUCAGUGUUGCUUACUAUUCAUUCAGUUCAAAGAGAUGGAUCUGUGAAUUGAGCCAACCUCACUCAACCUAAGGGAAAUGAAUAAUCCCAAAUAUAUCUCAUGGACAUGUAGAGUUGCUCUCUCAGUGCAAAUGAGAACAGGCCACAUGUGUGCAAAUCCUGACUGAAACAGUGACACUACCACAUACUCAAAUUAAAUUUGGUUUCUUAAUGGGAAGGCAAAAGCUAUUCUUCUCCCUCCUUUCUACACUAGAAUCCGGGUUAAAAGGAAGGAUUCACUGUCCUAAGAUCUCUUCUUAUUCCUCCAGUAGACAGCUUAAUCUGUAGUCAAUGUAUUUAUUACCAUUAUUUAUUAUUUUUUCUGAAGGAAAGACAGAGAACCUCAGCUAUGGUCCAGGAUCAACAAAAGGCAAAAAAACCAUCACUAAUGUGGGGAGUUUAUAAUCUAUGGACACACACACACACCUCUCUCAGACCACACAAUCUUAAUCUCUUUCUUAUGAUGCUCAUUAUUAUGAUGAUGCUAUUUCUAACUACAUAAGACCCUGGAAGAAUUGGGAAAAAAGAAUUGGGAAAACCUGCCAUGAUUUGGUGGGAAGGAAGUGGUACUGAAGCAACAGUCUGCACAUUCUCUCUUAGAGAAUGUAAGUUGCAUUCUACAAUGUGUUUUAAAAAAUCUUAGAAUUUGAAAGUUUAUUUUUAUACCGGAUAUGGCUUGGGUUUAACCACUCUGAGAAUCAUAAUGGCUGAUUUGAUAAAAAUCAUAUUUCCUUUACUUCUCAGAAGAUGGAUUUCUUCCAGUCAUGGACAAUAACCAUAGAAUUGUAGAAGGAUCCCUGGCAUUUCAAAUAAAUAACUUUUAAAAUUUUUUUGAAUGAUGCAGAAGUGCUUUACUGAUAUAUUCCCCUCAAGAUCCCUAAAUUCUAAAGACCUGAAGUUUUUGUCUUUAGGGUAACAGAUUUUAAUCACUCCUAAUUAAGCUGUGCUUAUCAGAUGUGCUUAUCCUACCAUGGAUCUCCCCCAGUGACAGUGUGAGUCACUCCAGCAAGUGCAGGGCAGUUCUGCUGUAAGGUACAAAGGGAUUCUGAGAUCUCUCACAUUCAUAACUUUGGUAAGAAGGGACACAGUGAGGAUCUGAGGAAAAAAAGCUAAGUAAAUAGGCUCUUUUGAUCAUAACCAAGUGGUUGGUGGUGCUCAGCCUGGAAGAGGAGAGACUGAGGCCUCCCAAUAGACAAGGCUGCUUUAAAUAGAUCUGUUACACUUUGUACAUACUAAGGGUGGGGAAACUGGUUUAAGUCACAACAAAAGAGGUAAAAAUUAGAUAUUGGGAGAAAACAAUCUCAGUAUAGAAUAGUUAAAGCCUCACACAAACCAGCCUCUUAAGUCUAUAGGACUGCUGCAAUGAGAAACUUUAAUUGGCACACACACUAAUCCUGUGUUCAGUUUUGGGGCCCUUAUUCCAAGAAGUACAUUGAGGCCCUGGAGUGCUCUGGAGAAGGCAACAGAGCUGGAGAAGGGUCGGGAAGCACAAGACUGAUGAGGAGUGGCUGAGGGAGCUGGGGAUGCUCAGCCUGGAGAAAAGGAGAUUCAGAGGAGAGCUCAUUGCUCUCUACAGCUGAUUGAAAGGAUGAUGCAGCCAGAUGAAGGGCAGGACAAGAGAAAUGGCCUCAAGUUGUGCCAGGAAAAUAAUCAGGAAAAAUUUAUUCACUGGAAGGGUGGUCAGACAUUGGAACAGGCUGCCCAGGGAAUUGGUUGAGUCACCAUCCCUGGAAGAGCUCAAAAAACGUGUGGAUGUGGCACUUGGGGACAGAGUUUAGAGGUGGGCUUGGCAGUGCUGGGUUAGUGGUUCAACCCGUUGAUCUUAGAAAUUUGUUUCUGACUUCAGUGACUCUACGAUUCUGAUGGAAAUUAUUUUUCUAAUUAUUUUUAAUUAUUUUAAUUAAUCAUAAGCAAUAUAUUAUUAAUUAGCACUGUAUUAGUCCUAAGUCACUUUUAGCCAGCACGUAGGUAAGUUUCUUUACACAAGCUGUUAUUUUUAGAGUUUGGUUGGGAAAAAUCACUGAAACUAAGUUUUGCUAAACUAACCCUGAUAUGCUUUGGUGAACAAAACCUGCGAGAGAGAGAUGUAUUUCUGAAAGUGGACAAAAAAAUUGCAGAAUUUGUAGACUACAAAGGCAUUUUGCAGAAACCAGAAGGUAACAAGAGACUAACAAAGACUCUUGAGUAUGUGCUGCAAAACUCCCUACCUGGGAAAGAGAUAACAAAAAGACUGAGAAAUGGGGACUGAUUAACAUGAGAAGCAAGAAUAAAUCGCUAAUAGAGGACAGAAUAGUAAUUAAUGAAGAGAAUUAUAUAAUUUAGAACCAAUAAACAUUUAUUUGUUUGC